UGGGGCGGGAUCUUUGCUAUCCUUUGUCAUCAGUUUACGGCGCAUUGUUUUUCUUUUGGGACAGGGCUCCAAAAACAUUAUUAUAAUUUGUACGAAAAAUAGGCUUUUAACGUUUCCGUUGUUGUCUUGCAACCAGAAGCCGUCGGAGCAUUUAUUUUAGGCUAUUUCGUUUUCCGGGAAGUGUUGUAUUUUUGGGGUCAAACCAGUUUAGCCGUUAGCUGGUUAGCCUGGCAGGUGAGGCUGUCCUGAUUGGAGCAGGACGAAUUCCAGGCUGGUCGAAGAAGGGAACAAAUCUCAGCUACUAUGCUUCACGCAAGUUGGACAACAUUGGAUUACACGAUUUGUGUUGGGUUUGUGACGCUAGUAAAGCUGAAUUAUGUGUUCAUUAGACUGAAAUCAAACGCCUCGGAUAGUUUGGUGCCUUUGUAGCUCUUAAAAGUGCCAUUUGAAACGGUCUGUUAGCCACGUAGCUACAUCUCAGUAGGAGGACAUUUAAAAUGGCGGAAGGUUGGCCCAUUCUUCCAGCUCUUGUCCUGCUACUGAGUUUCAGUGCCUGGGUCACAGACUCUUGUCCUGCUGCUUGCUCCUGCCCAAAAGGACAAGAUGAGGUCCAUAUUUUGGAAUGCAACAGGAAAAGACUGUCCGCUGCCACCUUGGACGUCCCAGAUGGGAUAACUCAAGUCACCAUGAACCACAACGAGUUGGCUGUUUUCCCCUUUCUUGGAAACGUUUCAUCAAACAUUACCUCACUUUCAUUAGUCCACAAUCGGAUCUCAGAACUGUUGAUGCAUCAGCUGCAACCAUACAUUUCCCUGGAAACACUGGACCUAACGUCUAACUCUAUCUCUGAGCUCAAAGUGGGAGCUUUUCCAUCCAUCCAGCUCAAAUAUCUGAAUUUGAGUAACAAUAAAAUCAGCCUCCUGGAGCCUGGCUGCUUUGAAAACAUCUCCAGCUCACUGCUGGUGCUUCGGCUGAACAGGAACAGAUUAGUUACGCUGCCGUCAAAAGUCUUCAAACUUUCUCAGCUUCAGCUACUGGAAAUGAAGCGUAAUAAGAUCAAGAUAGUGGACAGUCUGACAUUCAAGGGUCUGGACUCGCUAAAGUCUCUAAAGAUGCAAAGAAAUGGCAUCACAAAGCUCAUGGAUGGAGCAUUUUUUGGGCUAAACAACAUUGAAGAGCUAGAGCUGGAACACAACAACCUAACGGAGGUUAAUAAAGUUUGGCUGUAUGGCCUCCGGAUGUUGCGCAUCCUGCAGAUCAGCCACAACGCUAUAGGUGUUAUUCGUGCUGACGCCUGGGAGUUUUGUCAAAAACUGGAGGAACUAGACUUGUCCCAUAAUCACCUGACGAGAAUUGAGGAGACUGCUUUUGUUGGAUUAGGAUUCCUGGAGACUUUGAACCUGGGAGAAAACGCCAUCAGCCAUUUGGGAGAAGGCGUGUUUAGGAGCUUGGCACAUCUGCGCACCUUAGAUAUUCGCAACAAUGAAAUCUCAUGGGCCAUUGAAGACUCCAUUGCUGUAUUUGAUGGAAUGAAGAAGCUGAACACACUAAAUUUGCAGCGGAACAAAAUCAAAUCAAUCACUCAGAAGGCAUUUGAGGGGCUGGAUGAGCUGAAGGAGCUGGACCUUGGCAAGAACGGUAUCAUGUCCAUACACCCUGAGGCGCUUUCCCAUUUAGAACUCGAAGUAUUUGUCCUGAACUCCAGCAGCCUGCUGUGUGACUGUCAUAUGCAGUGGCUGGGUCCCUGGCUGACCGAAAGCCAGUUCCUUCAUUCUGUCUCUGCUGUCUGCGCCCAUCCUGCUGGUCUACUUGGUCGCAGCAUCCUUUCAAUCAGCCCAGAGGAGUUUGUUUGUGAUGAUUUCCCCAAGCCUCGGAUCACAACCCACCCAGAGACCUCUGUGGCUUUGAGGGGCAACAACAUGACUCUGAGCUGCGUUGCAUCCAGUAGCAGCGACUCGCCGAUGACCACGGCGUGGCGGAAGGACGGGGAGGUUCUCUAUGAUGCAGAAGUGGAAAACUACGCCCGUUAUCAGGAUGGACAGCUCAUCUACACCACCAUGCUUCAUCUCCUUAAUGUCAACUUCACUGAUGACGGGCUUUACCAGUGUGUUGUCUCCAAUCACUUUGGCUCCAACUACUCAAACAGGGCUAUGCUGACGAUCAACGAGAUGCCCUCCUUUCUUAAGACUCCCAUGGAUCUGACAAUCCGCACUGGGACGAUGGCUCGGCUUGAGUGUGCAGCGGAAGGUCACCCUUCUCCCCAGAUAGCUUGGCAGAAGGAUGGAGGCACUGACUUCCCCGCUGCCAGAGAGCGCAGGAUGCACGUGAUGCCAGAUGAUGACAUCUUCUUCAUCGCUAAUGUGAAGACAGAAGACAUGGGAGUGUACAGCUGUACGGCUCAAAAUGCAGCUGGCAGUCUCUCAGCUAACGCCACUCUGACCGUCCUGGAAACUCCAUCCUUCGUGCGGCCAUUAGAAGACCGAACUGUGGCACGUGGUGAAACUGCAGUGCUUCAGUGCAUAGCCGGAGGCAGUCCCGCUCCCCGACUCAACUGGACCAAAGACGACGGGCCUCUGAUGCUCACAGAGCGUCACUUUUUUGCUGCAGCCAAUCAGCUCCUCAUCAUAGUUGAUGCUGGGUUAGCUGAUGCUGGGAAGUACACCUGCAUCAUGUCUAACACCCUGGGUACCGAACGCGGCCACAUCUACCUCAGCGUCUCACCAUCACCCAACUGUGACACAUCAGUAGGGUACGACAGCGACGGCUGGACCACUGUGGGGAUCGUGGUAAUUGUUGUUGUGUGCUGUGUGGUUGGGACGUCACUCGUCUGGGUCAUUGUCAUCUAUCACAUGCGCAGGAAGAAUGAGGACUACAGCAUCACCAACACUGAUGAGAUGAAUUUGCCAGCAGAUAUCCCAAGCUACCUGUCCUCUCAGGGUACUUUGUCAGAGCCACAGGAAGGCUACAGUAACUCUGAGGCAGGUAGCCACCAGCAGCUCAUGCCUCCACUCUCCAAUGGAUACAUUCAUAAGGGCACUGAUGGAGUCUGCUAUGGAGACACAGGCAGUGAGGUGGAAACCGAAGGGAACGGGAUGCUGCACUGCAGGAUGGGCUCUCUGUUCACCGGCCGUAGCAGCUUCCAUCCUGGCGAGUCUCGUGAGGGAUUAGCGGGAGUCUCCUCUGUUGGUGCAGGUCCUCUUGUCAUCUGCUCCGAUUGCUACGACAACGCCAACAUCUACUCUCGAACGCGAGAGUAUUGCCAAUAUGCUUAUCUGGGGGAGGACGAUCCACUGGACAGGGCCCUGCCAGGCCUGAAGGACGGCCUUGGAGAAACUGCCCACCCUGAGGACACAGCACUGGACAGCCUCAUGCACAACAACCACACUUCUGCAAAGCAAUAUGUUAAAGAUUCGCUCAGCAGAACUUUAUGGAGAGAAGGUGAAGAUCCAUCAUCAGUAUCUCAACCUGGAGCUUCCCAUCUUUCAGUAACAUUACACAGGACAUCUGCUCUGACCUCUGCUGCUGACAGGGCAGUAGAGCAGAGUGAAGCAGUGGCUAACUACUUCCCCAGGCAGCCCACCCAGGACCACAGAAGUGCCUAUAACAGGACUAACCCACAGGAGCAUAGGGCUCCCACAUAGGCUCUUUAAUUUCAGGCAAUGUUUUUGCCUCAGACUUGUUUCUGCACCUCCUUACCUUUUCCAUCCUUACCUUUACCCACUACCUCCAAAGAGAUUCCUUACUUUCUGCCAAAGAUGCUCUCUUGUAUGUUUACAUUCCCCAGCUCAACUCAAGAGGACAAGCUAAUGUUCUGUACUUCAGAAGGACUGAUUUCUCAGACAGGAUUAAUUAAAAUGACCUCUUUCCAGACAUCCUCACCUCAGGAGGAGGCUGCCUCAUCUCUUCACUCUAGCUAUUCUUCUGUCUCCAACAAAAAAAAGAAUGAAUGUAUGCUUAAUGGAACCAAGUCGGACGCUGCCAGGCAGGACCACUUCUCUGAGGCAGCUGUGCCUCAGCAUUUCUGGUACUAGUUGCAGAGUACUCCACGUCUUAAGAAGAAAACACUAAGCCCUCUUUUUCAAGUGGAGGAAAAGAGGGUAAUUAAAGAGAAAGAUAUAGUUCCCUGACCAGCAGUAUUCAGUUGAUAACAUUGGAAAGACUCUUAAAGGCUUACCUCUCAUGUUUCCGCAGCCAUUCUGACCGACUCUUAUGCAAAUUCCAGAGACAAUAACACCAAAAUGUGGUGUGUAUUAUGAGUAUACACAUAUAUAAGUACAUUUUUCAUGUAUUAUCCUUAUUUGUUGUUUCAGGUUUUUAAAUCAUGUUAAUUUUACACUUUUGUUUAGAAUAAAGAGCAGUUUGGGAAGAAAACCAUUUGUUUUGCACAUGAGACUAUCACAGUUUUGCUGGGUAUUUUCUGAUGGUUGUCUAACAGAUGGCCUUGUUUUUAUAUCAAGCCUUCUCAGUGACCUUUCUUUCUACAGUAUGCACUGAUUCAUUAGCCCUUUUGUUUUCUUUGUUACAGGCACUUCAUGUUGGCAAACUUUAUUGUGCAGUUUACUUGCUGUUUUAGGUUAUAAAGAGGUUGUUUUUUAUUUCAGUUCAGUCAGAAAAUUAAUGAUCCUACAUAAAUAGUAAUGAAGCCUAUGAUUUCACUCUGGACUGUGAAAAAAGGAAUGUAUUGUGUUCUUUUAUGUGUAUGUGUAUGUAAAUAAUGUUAUCUAAUGAAUUACAUGCUCUGUUUGUGCAUUUGAGGUGAGAAUUACAGCAGCUACUUGUACAAAGCAACUUAAACGUCCGCAAUGUGUGAGCAGUAUGCCCAAAUUUUACAUUCUUGUUUUUGACAGAAAUAAUCAGACUUUAUUUCUUGAUGGUUUUUAAUUAUUUUAUGUUUUUUGAAAAGUUGAAAGUUGGGGUACAUCAAUAAAUCGGCUCAGAUUUUCUUAGUUUUGGGAAAUCUGCGAGCAGCUGAUCUUUGCAUGAGAAACUGAUGUUAUCUGUCUCCACAAAGAUCUGAAAAUGAGCCACUGUCCACUUUUACUCUGCCAUAAGAGAGGACUGACUGCCUGACUCGCCCACCAGGUCAAAUCUGCACAUACGCAAUGAACAAUGGUCACCCCACUGUUGCCAACUUAGCAACUUUGUGGCUAUAUUAGGCAACUUUUCAGAUAAAAAAUUUUUUAUCUGCAGGUCGGGCUUGUUAAAGAUUGGUGAUUGGCCAGAAUACUGCUAUAGGUGCAAUCCUUGAUGAAAGACACUAAUUGUAAAACUCUACCAUACAGUUUUAUCAGCUGCUAUGUUGUGGUUGGAUCUGAUAAAAUCAAAUCCAGUUUUAAAGAUCAUUUCAUCAUGAGCUGUCCAGAAAAAGCCCGGCUUUACACAGUUGCGUCUUCACUGAUAUAACUGUUUGAAUUAGAGAGUGUUUCAAUAUAACCUCUAAUGCGCUUUCCAUAAUAAUAAUAUUGAGUCGAAACAUCUUCAAAACAAUUUCACCAGUACUGAUUAUUAACGUAGGUUGUAUUACAAGACAGUUAUGAAAUUUCUUCUGUUUGGGAAAAGUGUACCUAAUGAAUUUUUAGCUGGGUGUGUGACUGUUUAGUUAUUUUCCCCGUUUUUCUAAUUGUCCAUUAUUAGAUUCAUCCUCAUAUGUGAGAGUUUGGAUAUAUUAUCAUCUCAAUCAUAUAAUGAUUCAGAGGAUUUGAUCUAAUUGGAUCAUUGUUGGGAUCCAAUGAGUAAAAUGGUACUAAACUCAGAAAUGCUGAAAUUAAUUUUAAAGUGUGUAAUUAUGCUGCCUCAUGCUGAUUUUUCUUUUGUCACAAUUUAUAUCUUGGGGGAAAAAACGUAUUUUUUUUUAAUAUCAGCUGUACUUUCAGUUGCCUUAAACAGCAAGUGGUAUUCAGAAAUCCUCAGUGAUGUGCAGGCAUGAACUGAAAGUUCCUCUUCUGAUCUACUUUUUUUGAUUCCAACUUGUUUUUAUAAUUCUUAAUGUGUGUUCCUAGCACUUUCUCAGCCUGUUUUUGUUUUCUGAACUUGGUAUCAGCAACAAAGCUAAUGACCAACUGGUAUCCAAGCGAAGAAUAAAGCCUUGGCAUAACUUUGUGGUCUUGUUAUUUUGUCACACUCCUUGUUUCAGUACUAAAUGAGUUUUCUGUUUUUGGUGUUUUAAAACUCUCCGUAAAUGAUGCAAAAUUGUCGGUGGAAAACUUGCAGUCAUACGUGAUCAAAAGUGAUUUAUUUGUUGGGUGUUUAAAAUUUUUAGACCAAUGCUGCCGAUGACAAAAUGUGCUUUUAGUUCUCUAAAACAUCCAUCCUGACCUUAUACCAAAGUUUAACAGCGAUUGCUCUGGCACUAUCCAAUGCUGCUCUGUUUGCUUUGUUAAAUCUUGCCUUUCCUUUUUAUAAAAUGUUUAUUUGUAUUGUAUGUCGGGCCUUGUUUAACUGUACAUUCUGUAAAGCAUGUCUAAAGAGUCUUUUUGUUACACAGCAAAUAUUCCAACAUUAAACAUGAGUUCUCAUAA